GGGAGGGGAGAGGACAGUGAGGAGAGAGGGAGAGAGAAAGGCAGCGUGUGAGCGCUGCUGUGGCUCAGAAACAAAGUCAGGCAACUAUCUGGAGCAGCAUGACUCUUCUAACACUUGGAUUGUAUCUGCCACUGUGGUUUUGUUAUGGCCUGGCCCAGUCCUCUUUUCUGGACAGCUUUAUUUCAUUCCCAGCAGCUCUCAGACCCCAGGAGCAGCAGAAGAGAUUCAACCCAUGCUGUUUACUGAGUCCACCUCCACCCCCACUGUUUCCUCCACCCCCUUCACUUUGGCGCCGCCACGCUCAUAAUGAAGGUUUUUCUAACAAUGGUGCUGAGUCUGAGCUGGGCAAUGAGCAUAAAGGUUCUCCCUGUGUCCGAGGCCUCCCUGGGCCUGCAGGUCCCCCUGGACCUCAGGGUCCACCUGGAUUACCUGGCAUAGGGGGGCCUAAGGGAGAAAAGGGAGAAAUUGGAAGACCUGGGCAAAAGGGUCGGACAGGUCCUCCUGGACUUCCUGGGAAACAGGGACCAGCUGGAUGGCCAGGACCAAGUGGGCCCAAAGGUGAGAAAGGAGACCCGGGGCUGAUGGGUUUACCUGGAGCCAGAGGACCAAUUGGGCCGAGGGGUUUACCUGGGUAUAAAGGUGAAAAGGGCUCUCGAGGUGAUCGUGGUGAGAGUGGAGUGAAAGGCGACAAGGGUGCAAUGGGUUUCCCAGGAAUGCUUGGACAGAAAGGCGAAAUGGGUCCAAAAGGAGAACCUGGAAUCUCAGGAAACAGAGGACCCACUGGUAGACCAGGGAAGAGAGGCAAGCAGGGAGUGAAAGGGGACCCAGGCAGUACUGGUCCUAUGGGACCUGCAGGCCCACAGGGACCUCAAGGCCACCCUGGUCCUCCUGGUUCACCUGCCACAGGUCUUUACAUGGUUGGAACAAAGGGUGCACGUGGUCCACCAGGGCCUCCUGGAAAGUGUAGCUGCAGCAGCUCUGCAUUUGAUGAUUAUUCUUCCAGAGGAAACUAUCCCAAAGUACCAGCGAUAUUUGUUGUUAGCAAUGAGGAAGAACUGGAGCGCCUUCACACUGAUAACGCUCUUGCAUUCCGCAAAGACCAGAGAUCGCUCUAUUUCAAAGACAUUGAUGGCUGGCUGCCAAUCCAGACUUUUCCAUUCCAGCUGACACCGUUCCAGUCCAUGGAAAACGCACCUGAUGAUGAAGGUUACUGCGGUGACGGGAUAGUGCAGAUUUCCAGUGGGGAACAGUGUGAUGACAGAAACAGAGUCGUCACUGACAGCUGCGUCAAGUGUAAACACGCCUACUGUGGAGACGGAUAUCGCUAUGAGGGGGCUGAGGAGUGUGAUGGAAAAGACUUUGGAUACCAGACAUGCAAUUCAUAUCUUCCAGGGUCCUAUGGUCACCUCAAGUGCACACCAUACUGUGUUAUUGACUCCACAAACUGCAAGUACUUCACUUGAUGGAGGAGGAUGGACAGUGCAGUGGGAUCCUCUGUGUGUUGUUUCUCUUGACACAUAACAGGAAUAUUUUCAUGCAAAACAAAGAACAAUAAUGCACCAAGCAAGAGACUCUGAAGGAAGAGGAAGCCAAUGAUUCUAUGAUGAAAGAAAAUCAAAACAUACAUAUAUAUAACUCCUCUGUAUUGCUGCUGAGAUGCCACGUAGCUCCCUGGAGUUAUAGAGUCGGUCAGGGGAGGCGAAAGCCUUAACCCACAUAUAGGAAAUGCACAGGACAACUGCAAUCUGUCUUAACAAGCAGGACUUAAGACUGGCCUCCUCUCCACGCCUGAUUGGACCGGAAUCAGCCUCUAGAUGCAACAGUUGUGUGACAGCCAUGCAGAGACUUAAUUAAGUGCCAGUUGGAGAUGUUGCAGAGGAGCAGUAACCGGGCCUGAGUCAUAUUAAUCUUGACCCAGUUACUGUUGAGAAAGAGAGGCAGUAGGACAUCCAGAGCCAUGGCCCCAGGUAUUCUACUGCACUCGAGUGACAGUGCACAGUAUUUGCAUGAGGCUGGGAUUACUAAGACCACGACAGUAGCUGUCACUAUCCAAGCAUGUAACCUAUCCGUUUAUUUAUUAUUGACACAACAAGGUUCGUAUUGUAUACUCUCAAUAUCACAUCACUAAUUUCAGUCAUACAGGUAAAACCAGGCAUAUAGUAAGAUCAAUAUGUAUGGUUAGAGAUGGAGAUACAACUGUGCAUCAAUUGUGCACUUGUAAUAUUUCAGUGAGUCUGUUAUACCAGGAGACUGCACUGAGGAGUCUCCCAGCUCCUGGGAAACUUCAGAGGCUGACUGGACAUUAUUACCUUGUGAUGGUACUGUACUUGACAGGGACAUCCAGAGUCUGGACAAGGUUUCAUUAAUUCAAAAACUUCUCAGGAACCAACAGGUAAUGUAGCUCCACACAGCACCUUUCACAGGCAUCCUCCACUACUCUCUUUGUAAAUCAAAAGGCAGUGACUGUAAACUGAGGCGCACAGGUAACUCAAACAAGAGCUUUUAAUGGAUCGACAAUGUGCAGUCCUGUAGGUACGAUCGAGUUCCUUCCCUGUGCUCCAAUGAGAAAUGAAAUAUACUGUAUGUGAAGGCUUGAAACUGUUAUGUUCUUAAUUUUCUCACUGCACAGGAAAGGCUGGAAUAGUCUGUAGCUGCUAAAGGAGGAGGAAUCUCAAUUCCAGUCUGUUAUAUGGUCAUUACUGUAUUUACUCUAAUACCUCUUUAUCCAGUCUUUCUGUCUUACAGUAUAUACAGCAACGGAGAAACUCAACAGUAAACUUAACAGUGUAGAUGUAGUCUGCUGUGUGCUGGGCACCGAUGGUGAAAAUGACUUUGCCGAUAUAAGCUGACAUUUUCCAUAAGCUACUGUAUGAGUCGCAGUGCCAAGGGAGACCUUUUCUCAGCCAUACUUAGAUGUAGUCAGGUGUUAUAAAGUGAUUCAUCUGUAAAAAGCAAUCGAAAGAUAAAGACUGUUACUAUAUUGUGUCCGCAUGCUUGUGAUACCGUGCUAAUGACUGUGCAACGCUUCCACUUUGCCAAACAUUGUUUUGUUAAUCAUCGCAUUCAUCAGCAUAGCGGGUGUCUUAAGAAAUGUCAGCCUUGCUCUGGCCAGAGUGUAGCUAAGUACUGUAUGUGUGACACACCUUAUACGAUAGUGAUGAACUGUGCCAUGCACAAAGCUGAAAUACCGUUUGGAAACUAUGUUGAAUGUUGUGCUUGUGGCCUGUGAUGCUGUGAUGUAUCCUGUACUGUGUAUGCACAACAAUGUUGAAACAUAACAUGCAUGUGUUAACGUACUGUAAAGCUUUAUGAAAUAUAUUAUUCGACAUGACUGGGAUAGUGAAAGUUCAUUUUGUGUCAUUAUUCUGAUAUGAUUUAUACAGGAGUUGUGAACAGUUUUCAAAAGAACUGAAAAUAAAAAGAAUUGAAAUCAUU